AUGCAGCCGCGGACGAGCGCCCGCGGGGCCGGCGAAGGAACCAUCAUGAAGCGCCGCAUGCGCGAGGACUCGCUUGCGAUGUACUCGAACGUCGUCAAGGGCUUCGCGCACCUCAACUCGCGCGCCGACUGGGAGACCAAGGCGCACGAGCAGAACGGCCAGCGCCAGACGCAGCGCGUCUUGGGCAUCUUGCAGAACCAAGACGAGUCGGCGCUGCAGUCGCGCCGCCUCAAGCUCGCGGCCUUGUACAAUGCGGAGCUCGAGCAGUGGAAGGCCAUGUGUCUGGCCAACGUCGAGACGCCGGAGGAACGCAAGGCCAAGAUGAUUGCGCGGGCGACCGAGCUCAAGGCCAAGCGCGAGGCGGCGCGCGUAGCGUAUGUCGAGGAGAAGCGACUGCAGCAGUACCGCGAAGGCUGCGACGACAUUCGUACCGUUGACAGCGCGACCGUCAUGGCCGAGGUCGUCGCCGAGCGCGAGCGGCAGCUUGCGGCGCUGGCCGAACGUCAAAAGGAAGAGGCCGCGUACGAAGCGCAGAUGGCCGCGCUGUGGGCCGAGGACAUUGCCAAGAAGGACGCGCGGGAGCGUCGCGACCGCGACCGCAUCCUUGAGGGCAACGCCGCCGUCAAGGCGAUCCUCGACGUGCAGGUGGACCUAUACAAGACACGCGUCGCCGACGAGAGCCGCGUCAAAGAGCAGGAAGACGACGAGCUCUUGCGCGAGUGGGCGCGCCACGCGCAGGUUGAAGCCGAGCUCGAGGCCGGCCGUCAUCGGGACGCUCUCGAGCGAGCACGGGACGUCAAGGCGUUUAACAAGCGGCGGUCCGAGAUGAGUCGGCGGGAGCUCGACCGCGAGCGUGAGUACGACGCGCAGCUGCUCCACCUCGCGUUGCGGACCGAGGCCGAGACCGAGCAGCGGGAGAAGGACCAGCAAGAGCGCUUCAAGCAAGACCAACUGGCCUACCAAGCCAUGCUGCGCCGGCAAAUGGAAGCGGAGAAAGACGAUCUCUCGCACCUCGAUGCGAUCCGCAAGCAGAUGGAGGACGAGGUGUGGCGCAAGCGCGACGAAGAGCACGCGACCGAGCAAGCGGCGCGGGACGAGCUCCUUGCGCAUGUGCUAGCGUCCCGCAGCGACCAGAUGGCGCGCAAGGCCGCGGCGAAGCGGCAGUCGGCGGCCGACGACGCGGCGUUCAUGGUUACCGUGACGCGCGAAGCCGACGAAGCGCUGCAGAAGGAGCUCGACGAGCAAGAGGUGCGCCGGCGUGACGCGAAGCGCAACCAAGCCGAGCUCGCGACGCAAAAGCUUCAGAAGCGCGUUCAGAACGAGAGCGCCAAGCAGCGCGAGUUCCUCGACAUGAAGCGCAUGGCGCUGGCCGAGAAGACGCACCAAAAGAAGAUGGAGGCGCUCGCGCAGGUCGACCGGCACGCCAACUACCGGCGAAAGACCGCCGAGUGGUACUUUGACACGUAA